GGAUUUAAUCGUGGUCUCUUUUGUCCCUCAGCUCAUCCUCUUCGGGCUCAGCAACCAGAUGGUGGUGACGUUCAAGGAGGAGAACACCAUCGCCUUCAAACACCUCUUCCUGAAGGACUACGUGGACGGCGCGGAUGACUCCUACGCCGUCUACACGCAGCGCGACCUCUACGACCGCAUGUUUUAUGCCGUGGAGAAGUACUUGGCCAUUCCCAACGAGACCAUCGGCCGCUAUGCCUACGUGCGGGGGGAGAGCGGAGGGAAUGAGUCAGCCCUCAUGCUGUGCCAGCAGUACUACCGUAAAGGGCGCAUCGAUCCCGCCAACGACACCUUCAACAUCGACCCCAAGAUUGUCACAGACUGCCUGGGAGUGGAUCCCGAGGACCCACAGCCUCUGCCCCCAGAGCUGGACCGCAGCUACAAGAACUUCACCCUCAAAUUUCACAAACUCAUCAACGUCACCAUCCAGUUCAAGCUGAAAGCCAUCAACAUCCAAACCAUCAUCAACAACGAGAUCCCCGACUGCUACACCUUCACCAUCACCAUCACGUUCGACAACAAGGCGCACAGCGGCCAGGUGAAAAUCCGCCUCGACAACCGGGCUGACAUCAAGGAGUGCAAAGAUCCCAGUGUCUUCGGCCGAGGUGACAACUCCUUCCGGCUGUUCUUCGAUGUCGUCGUCAUCCUCGUCUGCUCGCUUUCCUUCAUCCUCUGCGCUCGCUCCAUCAUCCGGGGCCUGAUGCUGCAGCACGUGAGACCCCAUUUUUUUUUUUUUUCCUCCCCACCCCCGCCCCGAAGACUCCUAUACAACCAGAACGUGUGCUUGUCAGACCUCAUGUAGUUCCUCAACGGCUGGUACAUCCUCCUGGUGAUCAGCGAUGUCCUCACCGUGCUGGGAACCAUCAUGAAGAUCGGCAUCGAGUCCAAGAACUUUGCCAGCUACGACGUCUGCAGCAUCCUCCUGGGCACCUCCACGCUGCUAGUCUGGGUCGGGGUCAUUCGCUACCUCACCUUCUUCCAGAAGUACAACAUCCUCAUCGUCACGCUACGGGUGGCCCUCCCCAACGUCAUCCGCUUCUGCUGCUGCGUAGCCGUCAUCUAUCUGGGCUACUGCUUCUGCGGGUGGAUCGUGCUGGGCCCGUACCACGUCAAGUUCCGAUCCCUUUCCAUGGUGUCCGAGUGCCUCUUCUCCCUCAUCAACGGGGACGACAUGUUCGUUACCUUUGCUGAGAUGCAACAGAACAGCUAUUUGGUGUGGCUCUUCAGCCAGAUCUACCUGUACACCUUCAUCAGCCUCUUCAUCUACAUGGUCCUCAGCCUCUUCAUCGCCCUCAUCACCGGCUCCUACGAGACCAUCAAGCACCAGUGCGAGGGCGAAGCGCCCGUCUCCCAGCUCCACGCCUACAUCGCCCAGUGCAAGGACAGCCCCAAAUCGGGCAAGUACCGUCGCGACAGCGCCUCAUCCUGCUCCGUCUUCUGCUGCUGCGAGCGGGCUCCUCUACAGGACAACGCGCUGCUGGUGAACUGA